AAACUUACAAAGGCAUAUAGAACGAUCCCUUUUCUCAUUCUUUUCUACAAACCACAAAACACUUCAUUUCUUCACUCAUUCAUCUCUCAAAACCCAAAACUUUCCCAAAACAACAAAAAAAAUUCAUUUCAAUGGCUCUCAAUCUAUCUCUAUCUCAUCAAUCAUGGACAUCCGCAACUAAUCCGAUCGCCUCAUCGGAUCACACCCGUUGCUCGGCCCCCGGAAGCCGGUUGCUGAGACGGGUCGAAUUUUUUGGGAGUUAUCAAAAGAGUAAAGGGAUUUUUGUGAAGAGGAAAGAUAGAAUGAGAGGUCAAGUAAGAGCAAGUUUAGAAGCAGUUGGUACCCAAGAAGUGGAAGCCAUUAUUGGGAAGGUUACCCAAGUUAAUCAGGACACUUUCUGGCCUAUUGUUAAUGCUGCUGGUGAUAAAACUGUUGUUCUUGAUAUGUACACUCAAUGGUGUGGUCCGUGUAAAGCAAUGGCUCCAAAGUACGAAAAGUUAGCAGAGGAAUAUCUUGAUUGCAUUUUCCUGAAGCUUGAUUGUAACCAGGAAAACAAGUCCUUGGCUAAGGAAUUGGGCAUUCGAGUAGUUCCUACUUUCAAGAUUCUAAAGGAAGGCAAGAUUGUGGAAGAAGUGACAGGGGCCAAAUAUGAUGCAUUGGUAGCAGCCAUUCAAACUGUUCGAAGUAGCUGAACAAACACUCUAGUGUGCGUGUGUAUAUAUGCUGUAAGAUCGUCCUUGCAACUGACUCAGGAAGUGGGAAAUGAGACAUCAUCGACAAUGGCUAGUACUAAGUUGUAACCACUGUCUGCUGAGAAUCUUGUAUGAACAAGAGCUGUAAUUUGUAUAUUUUUAUGAAGUAAAGGAAAUUUUAGCUCUACUAGAAGCAGUUCCUUGUUA